AUGCCCUCUGACCAUGGAUAUGGCUUACUCGACCAAUAUCUACGUCAGCAUGGGCUUCAAUUAACCCCGGAUGGCUGCUUUGUCCGAUGGUUGCCCACAAACCCAAUGCACCCUCGGAAUUGGUCUUUCACAAGAAAGACAUACGACCUGACAAUCAUUAAUCUAGUAGACCUUUUUGUCACAGCCUGCAGCACAGCUGGUGCAAUGACUGCAAGGGCUGCACACAGGGAAUAUGGAAUAGACGAAACACUGGCAGUGUUCAUCUUUGUGUCGGUGUCAUUGUUAGGGCAACUGGUGGGGUCUAUCACGUUUGCACCUUACUCCGAAGCAUUCGGACGCCGGAAGCUGUACAUUGUCAGUAGCCUUCUGUUUAGUGUUGGAUGUAUAGUCAUCGCGUCUGUUCGAUCAUUGGCAGCCGUCGUGAUCGGACGCUGUGCUACAGGGUUUCUUUCCUCCAUUCCGGCCAACGUCCUGGCAGGUAGUAUCGAAGACAUGCAUCGCAGCCGACAACGAACAUGGUGGUUGUGUAUUUGGUCGGCCGCGUCGAACUUAGGUCUUGUUCUUGGGCCGAUUACGGGCGCAUAUAUCUCGGCAAACCUGGGCUGGAGAUGGUUCUUUUACAUCGCAGCGGCUUUCAUCGGGUUCUUGACUAUUCUGCUCCUUUUCAUUCGGGAAUCGCGGCCUUCGCCACUUCUAGUCCGUCAGGUCGAAGAGUUCCGGAAUACCACUGGGAUGGCAACACCUCCUCCACUGAAUCCCGAUUAUACACCGGAUCUUUCCACGUUCAUACGAACCACCUUAGUCCGACCCGUUCAGUUAAUCGCAGAGCCUAUUGUGAUGUGCGUUGGAGUGAUGACAUCUACUGCCUUCGGCUUGGUAUACCUCUUCACCGAAGCGCUCCAGCCGAUUUAUCAAGCUCUCGGGUUCCAGGAAUCGUCAUCAUCGCUUGCGUUCGUGGGCUUAGGUAUAGGUAUGAUGCUAAGCCUCUUAACUCGAUUCGCAGAUGAAAGAAUAAUCCAGAACCAUCUUCGCGAUGGUCGGCAGCUUCUACCAGAACACAAACUCCUGGGCAUGUACGUCGGGACGCCACUAUUGGCCAUCGGUCUAUGGUGGUUUGCUUGGACGAUUCCCCCACACUUUAGUAACGUAUAUUGGAUUGUGCCAACCAUACCUCUCCUGCUUAUCGGGUACGCACUGAAUGAGUUCCCAACCGUGCUAUUGGGCUACCUGGCGGACAGCUAUGUGAGUUACGCUGCAAGCGGCUUCGCAGCAGUCGCGUCACUGCGUGCAAUUCUCUCAGCCACUUUUCCUCUCUUUGCGCCGCGAAUGUUCUCAGGACUGGGAAACAACAUUGCUGUGUCCGUACUAGCCGCAGUAGCUACGGUUUUCUGCGCGAUUCCACCUCUGUUCGGACGCUAUGGCACAAGGAUCCGCGCGAAUAGUAAAUUUGCCGGGUAUAGUCUGCGGACUCAUGAGGAAAACUGCGUCGACAAAGAUGAGUUUCUGCCAGCCAGUCCGGAAAUGUCGGGCUGA